AUGCAGUUCACUCUCGCCGCUGUUCUUGGCCUCGCUGCCACCGUCGCUGCCCUUCCCCCGUCGGCCCCUCCGCCGGUGGUGUCGGGCAACACCAACGUCAAGUUCCCCGUUCCCGACAACAUGACCGUCAAGCAGGCUCAGGCCAAGUGCGGUGACCAGGCUCAGCUCUCCUGCUGCAACAAGGCCAUCUUCGCCGGUGACACCACCGAUGUCAACUCUGGCAUGCUCGGUGGCGCUCUGUCCAACCUGGUCGCUCAUGGCUCCGGCGCUGAUGGUCUUGGUCUGUUCGACCAGUGCUCCAAGAUGAAUCUCGAGCUCCCCGUUUUCUUCGCCAUCCCCGUCCAGGACUUGGUCAACCAGCAUUGCAAGCAGAACAUUGCCUGCUGCCAGAACUCCCCCUCGUCCGCCAACUCCGACUUCAUCGGUGUCGGCCUCCCUUGCAUUGCCCUUGGCUCCCUCUUCUAA